AUGGACACGAUCACGGUGGGCCAGUACGUCUUCGAGAGGCUCAAACAAUUGCAAGUGAACACAGUCUUUGGGCUGCCGGGAGACUUCAACCUGUGUCUCCUGGACUACCUCUACAAGGUUGACGGCAUGAGAUGGGCAGGCGACACGAAUGAGCUCAACGCCUCUUACGCUGCUGACGGGUACGCCAGGGUCAAGGGCAUUGGCGCUCUGAUCACCACAUUCGGUGUUGGUGAGCUGUCUGCGUUGAACGGUAUUGCAGGUUCUUAUGCUGAGCACGUUGGCGUUGUCCACAUUGUUGGUGUUGCUUCGACAGCGUCGCAAUCAAAGCAGCUGCUGCUACACCACACGCUUGGUAACGGUGACUUCAACGUUUUCCACAGAAUGUCCUCCUACAUCUCUAAGACGACGGCUUGGAUCAACGAUCCGCAGUCAGCAGCUUCAGAGAUCGACCGCUGUAUCAGAGAGGCGUACAUCUCUCAGAAGCCGGUCUACAUCGGACUUCCAACAAACUUGGUGGAGGAGCCAGUGCCUACGGCACUUCUUGAUACUCCAAUUGACCUGACAGUGCAACCAAACAACCCGUCUGCUGAACAGGAGGUGCUGGACACUGUCCUGGAACUCAUCAAGAGUGCCAAGUCGCCAGUUAUCAUUGUUGACUCGUGUGCUUCUCGUCAUAACGUUAAAGACGAAACUCACACGUUGAUCGCCACCACUCAGUUCCCAACGUUUACAACACCUAUGGGCAAAGGUGUUGUCAAUGAAAACAACCCGAGAUUUGGAGGAGUCUACGUCGGCAGCUUGUCCAAGCCAGAGGUCAAGCAGGUUGUUGAGAACGCUGAUCUCAUCUUGUCUGUUGGUGCACUGCUCUCUGAUUUCAACACUGGCUCAUUCUCGUACUCCUACGGCACUAAGAACGUUGUUGAAUUCCAUUCUGACUACAUCAAGAUCAAGUCAGCAACAUACCCAGGUCUUAACUUCAGGUUUGUGCUGCAGAAGUUGAAUGAAAGCAUCAAAUCAUUGAUGACCGAUUAUGCCCCUAUCGAAGUUCCACAGAUGGAAGGGCCUCUGAAAGCUGAUCCAUCUUCAAAGCUCACUCAGCAGUGGCUCUGGACUAACUUGUCAACAUUCUUGCAACCAAACGACAUCGUUAUAACAGAAACCGGUACGUCUGCUUUUGGUAUUCUUCAAACAAAAUUCCCUGACAACGUUCUUGGUAUCUCCCAAGUCCUUUGGGGAUCAAUUGGUUAUUCCGUUGGUGCCUGUUGCGGUGCUGUUGCAGCAGCACAAGAGCUUGAGAAGCCUAGACGUGUGAUUCUCUUUGUAGGUGAUGGUUCUCUGCAACUUACCGUUCAAGCCAUUUCCACUAUGAUCAGACAUAACUUGACCCCCUACAUCUUUGUCCUUAACAAUCAAGGUUACACGAUUGAGAAGCUGAUUCAUGGUCCUAAUGCUGGUUACAACGAGAUCCAGAUCUGGGAUCAUUUGAAGCUGUUGCCGACGUUUGGAGCAAAGAACUAUGAUGCUAUUCAAGUGAAAACAGUUGGUGAGCUGGAUACGAUGUUCCGUUGUGCUGAUUUCGCAAGAAACGACAAGAUUAGAUUGAUUGACGUUGUUCUUGAGGAGAUGGAUGCCCCAAUCAACCUUGUUAAGCAAGCAGAACUGACUGCAAAGACAAACGCUAGUCAAUGA